CUUUGCAUGGGUGACUCGUCUGCGGUGAAUUCUAGGUCCUCAGAGCCUACCUUUUCACGGAAUGAGGAGUCCGCUGCUCAAAUCUCGUCCUUGCCGCUCGUGUACCGUAACCUUCUGACUCAAACGCCUCAGACACAACGUACACAGCAAUACCCCAACCAUACACCAAUUCCAACGUGGAAACAGUCGGCUGUCUCACAAUGGACGCAAUUCGAUGGCGGCAGCAGUCCUCUGCCCAAUUCGUCUCCGACUCGCGAGUCCGACAGUACAGUGUUCUCUGACACUGCCCUGGAAACACCGACUCGAGUUUCGCAAUCCUCGGCUCCCAGUAGGAAGGCUCGUGCACGCGUGACAAGGAAGAACCCUGUUUUUGGUGAAGUCCAGGGUGCUAUGCAAGGAGCAAAGCAUUUAGCAAUUCUGCGAAACAAAGCUCUUCGUGAAAAGGCAGAGGGUAAAAAGGAGAUUAGUGCUCGCUUUCUGCGUCUGAGCCAUGAUCUCAUUGAACGUUGUGAACGUCUAUCUAAUGAGACUGGAAGCUGGGUGCAUCUUUCGGUGCAGCAUCGAUUUGCAACCGAUCCGUUUUUGCACUACACAUUGCCGGCUUUAUUGAAGGAAGCUAAAGAGGAUAUGAACCGCAUCACUAAUGAUUUCAGCAAACUGUUCAAGACCCUCAUGGCCGCUCGCAAUGAAUCAACGAAGGAACUGCACAAGCAACUUACGGCAGCCAAGGAGAAGGAGCAUCAAGUCACGGUAGCACUGGAUGAAUCGAGGGCAGCAUUGGAUGAAUCGAGAGCUGCGCAGGAGGAGGCAGAGAAACGCGCCGAGAUGCAAGCCGAAGUUCUUCGUGCAAAAGAAUUGGAACUCGAGUCUUACAAAAUUCAGUUGCGGAUGGCAAGUCGCAACAAGUAGACUAAUUAUCUCUUGUAUUCAGUUACAU